AUGCCUUGUCCUACUCUCUACCACACGUCUGAAGAGAAGGCUGCCGCGCGCCGUGCUACUUCCAAAAAAUACUAUGAAAAGCAUCGAGUUCAAAUCAAUCGCCGAUCGCGUCGCAAAUACAAAAAGAAACUACAGAACAUCAGGAAAGAUACAUCUCGGAAAGGUAAGAUCCCUCGUUUCUCUCAUACCUAG